AUGAUAUCCCGUACAUCCACAACCUGUUUUCAAUCCCCCGACACUCUUGAUGCCUUUCAAAGAAGGCUCCAGAACUUAGCAUCUACUACUGGAGCAUUGCCGAAGGGGGAUUCAAUCGAGUUUUUCUCCCCACGUUCGGUGAUGGAUUCGAGGCCCAUUGCCAAGGUUCCAUAUCAAAUCGCGGGGCCCACGCAAUACGCGACCGUCAGCGAAGCGGCCACUCUCCAAUAUCUUCACUCCAAAGGAAGCGAGCUGGUCUCAAUCUUUACCGUGGACCUUUAUGGAAAGCCGGUCCAGCUUGGCUUUCCGCAUAAUGGAGUCUUUCCCGGGGAGAAAUUCCCAGAGGAUUACCUCUGCCUUCUAGAUAAAUACCUUACAUUGGCGCAGUAUCUACUUCCAGACGAACCUGAUAACCCGCUUGAUCGGCCAACUCUCCGCCAUCCAGCAUGCAACGGUCGAGCCGCGUCUGCUGGUUGCUGGCCAUUUCCUCGCGCAUUCGAAAACCCAGACCCUGAACAAACCCCCGAGCUAAACGAACCAUCUCUUCCAUUGGACUACGAAUCACUUUCAGCCCAUGAAAAGGCUGAAGCUGAUAUACUGUAUCGUCGGCGUCUGCUCUUUUAUUACUACCGUAUCUUCAAUGGUCAUUUCAACAAGGCACAUCUCGAAGCUCUUCGUGACCCGAUCCUUCUGCCGCGUCAACACCUUGUGGAUCGGGCUGGCAGACAAUGGAACGGGAAUCCCAUGACGUUGAAACGGGCAUUAGUGCGCACGGUCGAGUACUGGCCUCAUUUACCCGAUACGAAGGGACUGUCGUGCCCGGUGCAGUUCACCGGCGCUGAAUUGGAGGGCUUUCAUGAGCAGGAACAGCGGUGGUUUGACUUGAACAAGUUUGUGAAUCAUUGGCGGGACCAGAUUGGCGGUGUAAAUAAAGAUGGCUGGACCAGCAAUGAACAGUAUGAGUGA